GCGUAGCAACCUUGUUCGGUUCUUGUUCUUCCCCGCCUUGCUUUUGCGCUCCUCCAUUUCAAAAUCUACUUCCCUACGCUAUUCUUCUGGCUCUUGCCAAAUACAAACUUCAGCAAAUCCAAAAUAAAUGGAAAUCACGGAGGAGCAGAGAAAACGAGCCGAAGCAAACCGACUCGCGGCCUUGGCAAAGCGCAAAGCCAAUCAAGAAGCUUGGAAGCUUCUUAAAUGUCAAAAACCCUCGUCCGAAUCCUCUCCCGCCACUGCCACUGCCACUGCUGUUUUACCCAAAACCAAUCCCGCUUCUGCGUCCGACCUGCUCCGGAAGCCCGAGUCGUCGGCUCCUCCGCUAGAAAGAUUCCGGGUCAUGCUCGAAAUUUGCUCUCCCGAUUCGUUCUCUGUCACUCCUCAACCUGUCCAGGGGUUUCCUUACCCCGGAGAAGAAGUUUGCUUCCAAAAGCUGAAUGAAUUACUCUUCUGUGUUGUUCCAUCACAUUACACUCAAAACACUGGUGGCGGAAGGGGUUGUGUGUAUAAGCUUCCAGAUUAUGAAGCAGUUCUAAGGUCCAUUAAGAGUUGUAAGGACAUUGAGUGUGAAGAAAUACCCUGGGGAACACUCAAUGUUGUUGAAAGGCUUUCCCAUUCCUUUAAUGCAGGGAGAUGGAUACCUUGUAGACCAGAGCAUCUACCUGAUGAGAAGGUUGAUGAGUUAAUUAGUGAACUUCCUAAAACCUUGCUGGACACAUUGCUACCUUUUCAACUUGAAGGUAUAAGGUUUGGGCUCAGGAGGGGUGGAAGAUGUCUUAUUGCUGAUGAAAUGGGGCUUGGCAAAACCCUCCAGGCUAUUGCUAUUGCAAGGUGUUUCAUGAAUGAAGGUCCUACACUCAUUGUUUGCCCAGCUAUUUUGAGAUAUUCUUGGGCAGAAGAAUUGGAACAUUGGCUUUCUUGUUUGCCUUCUGAUAUCCAUCUCGUUUUUGGUCAUCAAGAUAACCCUUCUCAUUUAAGUAGAUGCCCUAGAUUUGUGGUCAUCUCAUACACAAUGCUAAAACGCUUGCGAAGGAGUAUUUUGAAGCAUGAAUGGGCUAUCUUAAUCAUUGAUGAAUCACAUCAUCUCCGAUGUUCAAAGAAAAAAUCUGAACCUGAAGAGAUAAAAGCUGUUCUUGAUGUUGCAGUGAAUAUCAAGCAUUUAAUUCUAUUGUCAGGAACUCCUUCUCUAUCAAGGCCAUAUGACAUAUUUCAUCAGAUAAAUAUGCUAUGGCCAGGUUUACUUGGAAAGACUAAAUAUGAAUUUGCAAAGACUUACUGCUCUAUCAAACUUGUUAAAGGUUGCCAAGGGAAGGAUUUCUAUGAUUUCUCUAAGGGGAUUCGUUUGGAAGAAUUACAUAUGUUGCUUAAGCAAACUGUUAUGAUACGACGAUUGAAGGUGCAUGUACUAGUACAGUUGCCACCCAAGCGUCGCCAAAUCAUAAGGCUGGUCUUAAAGAAAUCAGAUAUUGCUAAUGCAAUGGCUUCUACCAGAGUGUCAAGUGGCAAUGCCCCGAGCCUUGAUGCCAGUGGAACUGAUGCUGAAAGUACUGCAGUGGACAUUCCUGAUAAAACUGCAGGUAAUAGUGGCAAUCAAGAAUGUACUGCAAAGCUCUCUGAGCAGGAACUUGGAAUUGCAAAGUUGUCAGGAUUCUGUGAAUGGCUCUCCAUACAUCCAGUCAUUGCAGAAAUAGGCGAUGAGGAACCAAUUGGUGCAAAUUGCAGUUCACAAAAAAUGAUAAUAUUUGCUCACCAUCAUAAGGUUCUUGAUGGAGUGCAGGAAUUUGUUUAUGAUAAAGGGAUAAACUAUGUUCGUAUUGAUGGGAAUACACCUGCUUUUGAAAGGCAGUCAGCUAUUCUAUCCUUCCAAAACUCCAAAGAGGUUAAGAUUGCAAUAGUUGGAAUACUUGCUGGUGGUUCAGGACUAAACUUGUCAGCAGCUCAAAAUGUUGUCUUCUUGGAACUGCCAAAGGAACCUGCACACAUGCAACAGGCUGAAGAUAGAGCUCAUAGACUAGGGCAAACAAAUGCAGUUAACAUAUAUAUCUUUUGUGCAAAGGAUACUGCUGAUGAAAUUUGUUGGCAAAGCCUGAAUAGAAGUUUGCAUCGAGUUUCAUCAACAAUGAACGGGAAGUAUGAUGCAGUACAGGAAAUAGAGGUUGAUGAUGUUUCUUACCUUGGAACAGCUGGGAAAAUUAAAGAGAAAAGAAAGAACUUUAUACCAAAUGAGGAAAAAAAUGAAGUUUGUCUUUUACAGCCAACAAAAAUUCAGAACCCUUGCUGUAAUGAAUCAGAUAAAAUGGUGACUGAGAGUAACCAAGAACAUAAUGAAAGUGCUGUGUAUAUAUCGUCUUCGCAAUCAAAUGACCUUGAGCAAGCUGUAACCAAAUCCAAAAUUGAUACAUUGGAGUGCACUUCUGAUGAAUCAGAUUCGGAGGACAGUGAUCACAAUCAAGAAGAGAAGUUAAACGUUGCACUCAUGGAGUCAAAGGUUCAUGAUUGUGGAUCUGUCAAACAAAUUGAAUCAAACAAUGGUAGCUCUAUCCAUCUAAAGUCUCUGCGUUUUGAGGUAAGCCCUUACACGGGAAGGAUCCACUUAUACUCUUGCAUUCCAGGAAAAGAUACAAGACCAAGGCCACUUUUUGAAAAUUUCCGACAAGAAGAACUUGAUUUGCUUCAUGCUUCUGUGGAUGACAAGGAAAAGGCUUACAAAUGUAUCAAGGAUGACCCGGCAUUUAGCCAUGUUCUUCAGUCCUUUGUUAAUGAGUGGAACAGUUUGAGGCCUAUAAAGCAAAAGAAACUUAUGGGAAAACCUUUACAACUCCCAUUAUCUACUGAGUUGUGUUAUUUGAAUGAGAACAUUAACUAUGAUAAUGAGGGACUGCUAAAAGGUCGGAGCAAGAAGCGCACUACACCAUUGGACGAGAUAAGCCAUCCUUUGCCCUCAAAUGCCACAUGGAAGACUGUUCGACUUGUUGGCAGCAACAAAAAGGAGAGAGUAUAUACACAAGGGUGGUCAGACAAGGAUGAACCACUUUGUAAACUUUGUCAAUCUGUUUGCAAGAAAAGCAACGCCAAGGAGCCUGAAUACUUUGAGGAUCUAUUCUGCUCUUUGGACUGUCAUGAAGAAUACAGAUUAAGAACAAGCCGUAGAUACAUUCGUGAGAGGCUUUCUGAAAUUGAGCAUGGUAUUUGCACAGGUUGUAAACUGAACUGCCAUAAACUUGUGAAGCACAUAAGGCCUUUGUUACACGAUAAGCGGGAAGAGCAUAUUAAGAAAGUAGCUCCACAGAUUGCAAAACGCAAGAAGUUACUUAAAAGGCUUGUUGAUGAACCAAAUGAAGGCAAUGCUUGGCAUGCUGACCACAUUAUACCUGUAUAUAAAGGGGGAGGUGAAUGCUUGUUGGAGAAUAUGAGGACACUUUGUGUUGCUUGCCAUGCAGAUGUUACCGCUGCACAGCAUAAUGAAAGGCGUAAAGAGAGGCAGAAGGCAAAGAAACAUCUUCGAAUGAUCAUGAGAGACCUCAAAACUGUUGUGAUGCCUGAUCAAGUUGAAAAUAAAACAGAGGAUAGUAGACUAUCCAUAGAUAGUGAGGACGUGGAGGAUGAUCAUCUACUGAUUAACAUCCCAGGAAGUGCAUAUUCAGGAUCAAGUAGCUCUACAACUGGGAAUCAAGGGAAAGCCUCUGAUUCAUAGUCUUGUUUGUUUGUUUGUUGGUGUUUUUUUUUGGGUUGUGGGUGAGUUUGUACGUUUUUUGCUGCUUCAAAUUUCUAGUUUAAUUGUUUGGUAAAUCUUAUGGUUAUGAUUUAGUUCAUGGUCAGCUUAUGGAUUUUGGCUUACAAAAGCUAAAAUUUUUGGUAAAUUUGUAGAUCCACUCA